CAUCUCCAUGGCUCUGCGCAUCGAUGAGGACGAGACAGCAGGACAAAAGGAACAAGCUGUUGAAUGGUAUAAGAAAGGAAUUGAAGAACUGGAAAAAGGAAUAGCUGUCUUAGUAAUUGGUCAAGGUGAUCAGUGUGAACGGGCUCGACGUCUCCAAUCUAAAAUGAUGACAAAUUUGGCAAUGGCCAAGGAUCGGUUGCAGCUUUUAGAGAAGCUGCAGGCAGUUUUGCAAAUUUCCAAGCCGCAAAUGGAGGUCUAUAAUGACAGUACUAACCUGGCAUGCCGCAAUGGACAUCUCCAGUCAGAAAGUGGAGCAGUUCCAAAAAAGAAGGACCCCCUAACCCACACGAGUAAUUCCCUUCCUCGUUCAAAGACUGUUGCAAAAACUGGAUCCACAGGCCUUUCAGGUCACCACAGAACACCCAGCUACAGUGGGGUAUCAUCAUCUGUGUCUAGACCAGCACCUAAUCCUACGCCUUCAGCUCACAAGGCUGCUCCUAAAAAUAGCAGAACAAAUAAACCUUCUACCCCUACAACUGCUCCUCGAAAAAAGAAAGACACUAAGAUAUUUAGAAAUGUGGACAGCAAUCUUGCUAAUCUUAUCCUAAAUGAAGUUGUUGAUAGUGGGCCAGCUGUCAAAUUUGAUGAUAUCGCAGGGCAGGAACUGGCUAAACAAGCUUUGCAAGAAAUUGUUAUCCUUCCUUCUCUUCGACCUGAGUUAUUUACAGGUCUGAGAGCUCCUGCACGUGGUUUAUUGCUGUUUGGCCCGCCAGGAAAUGGGAAGACAAUGUUGGCCAAAGCAGUUGCUGCAGAAUCAAAUGCUACUUUCUUUAACAUCAGCGCAGCGAGCCUGACUUCAAAAUAUGUGGGUGAAGGAGAGAAACUGGUGCGUGCUCUAUUUGCAGUAGCCCGAGAACUUCAACCUUCUAUAAUUUUUAUUGAUGAAGUUGAUAGCCUUUUGUGUGAAAGACGAGAAGGUGAACAUGAUGCUAGCAGGCGUCUAAAAACAGAAUUUUUAAUAGAAUUUGAUGGUGUGCAGUCUUCUGGAGAGGAUAGAAUACUUGUGAUGGGAGCAACAAACAGGCCUCAGGAGCUUGAUGAUGCUGUUCUCAGACGAUUCACCAAACGGGUAUAUGUGUCUUUACCAAACGAAGAAACAAGAUUGAUUUUGCUAAAAAAUCUUCUAAGCAAGCAAGGAAGUCCAUUAACUCAAAAAGAGUUGGCUCAACUAGCUAGAAUGACAGAUGGAUACUCUGGAAGUGACCUAACUGCAUUAGCAAAGGAUGCAGCACUAGGCCCCAUUCGAGAAUUAAAACCAGAACAGGUGAAGAAUAUGUCUGCCAGUGAGAUGAGAAACAUCAAACUGUCGGAUUUCACAGAAUCUUUGAAGAAGAUAAAACGCAGUUUGAGCCCUCAGACCCUGGAAGCGUACAUUCGCUGGAACAAGGACUUUGGAGAUACCACAGUGUGAGACACUACUUGAAGUGAAACAGUGCUGCCUGGGGAGCAGAUGGUGCAGAUGACUGGGAAGCAGCCAGAGUUUACAGGACUUUACAGAUAUUUAAGUAUCUGCAUUAAAACUUGAGAUUAAGAGAAAAUUACACAAUGUGAAAUGUGUUCAUCAAAGUCUCCUUGCCAUUUAGUGAGGAUUUACACACUGUAAGUAAGAGCACAACAGGACUUGAGAUAAGAUUCCUAGCAAUCCAAUUCUGGUUUGAACAUUAAUAUAUGUAUAUUGUUUCUGCUACAAGGCUCUGAUGACAUUGAUCAUUGGAGGACCUUUCCCUAUGUUGUGUGUGGUUUUUUUGUUUUUAAUUUUGCCAUGACAUUAAUGAACAAUGAACUUGGAACAAUGAUGUUCAAUUGGAGGUUUGUAAACUUCAGUUAAUUUUUUUGACUUUUUUAUUCUUAAUGUGCCAAAUAAAACGAUUUCCCUGUGCAGAGUGGAAGAACAGCAUUGGGGAAUUACAAUUAUUAAAAUGUUCAAAGUAGCUGGUCUGUUAUUAUUUGUCUUUUUGUUUUGUUGUAAUGUGACUGAAUUGUUCACAGGUUUAAAGAAGACCUUUGAUAGCAGAACAGCAAAAAAACCCAACCUUAUAAAACCAAUUCAAACUGCCUUUUAGAAGAAAAAUUACUAAAUAAAAGAAUAGAUUGAGAUAUUCAUUUACUGGCAGUAUUUUCUCUUAAUGCAUUUUGUAAUGCUUUCAUUAGUAGAAUGUUAGAUUAUGCUUACAGUGUACAACUUGAGCCCAGCUGAUGUUUGAGAGAGUAAGUGAUGCUAAUUGUUGAGUUUCAGAAAUGACGUGUUUCUACUCUGUAUUUUGGUCUGUUUAUGAUAAUUGAAAGUAAAAUUUCCAUUGUGAUAAUUUUUUUUUAAUCUCCACAUGUAAGCAUUAAAAUACAAGGCGACAUGUUUAAUACAUGGCACACAUUAAUGUUUUUAUAGCUUUCAUAUGUUUCGGUUUAUAUAUUAAAGUAUGAAACACUCAACUGAUCUGCUUUUUUAAAAAGAAA